AGUGGACUUGUGAUGUGUUGUAAUGAUGACGUUGCUGAUGAAUUCUCAAGAAAAUAUGAAAUAAGUACCGAUGUAGCGGGGUAAGGACUGAGGUGCUGGGAGCGGGGAAACUGCGCGCCGGUCACGGUCGAGGACGUGGCCUUGACACGCGCCGCGCAGCCUCCGAUACCCGCACACCCCACCCUACAUUCCGCGCCCCGCACUCCAUUUGCUCACAGCUCGCGUUUACUAAGUUAAUUUACAUUUUGAUUUUGUUCAUUUGAAUAUCAAACAAUUAAUCUCUUGCUUACUUAUAUAAUAAAUAAAAUACACUCCGACAGUAUCCGAUUUGACGUUUUCUACCGACUUCAAAAAGGAGACGGUACUCAAUUCGACUGUAUGUUUUUUUAUGUGUUCGAUUUCGAUGAUUAUUUUUUUUAUUUGAAAGCUGGUGCUUCUCAUGUGGUCCUAUAUUAAUUUGAUCAAGGUCUGACCAAUAGUUUUGAGUUAUUCUUAAUAAUUUAUAUUGAAAGUCGGUUGUACAAAAUUUUUAAUUUUUAAUUAUUUAUAUUAUGGUAUGACGCGAUAACUUUCUUUUCUUCAUACGUAUACACGAAAACAAACGAAAAAUACUAUGCGAAACAAUCAUGAUGACCCCUCAGUAGCUCAGUAGUUGGCUAAGCGUUUGUUUGCGGCGAUGUGGGUUCGAAUCUUGGUCUUGAAUCUUGCUUAGAACAAGUGUUUGUAUGGUCUUAAGUAAUUAGUCCGGGCCUAGAUGUUUGUCCAUGUGUAAUUCACGUACGUAAAACGCCUCUUAUCAGCCUUAGUUUUUUUAAAUUACUAAGCAGUUAUUACUAUAUUUGAAUAAGUUACGUUACUUUUACGUGGUAGAGCCAUACUGCAGCUAUAUUAAUUAUAAUUAUAGUUGUAGCACGAAUGGGUCGGCUGGACCGGAGAAGGACCACGCUCUCACAGAAUACCAACGUAAAAUAACAGCUUAUUGCUGCUGUGUUUUGUAUGGUGAGUGCCGGAGACUCUUUUUCCACAGCGCACAACGGCCACAGCAAGCACUUAUCAUCAUGUGGACUGCGUGCUCGUUUGUCACCCUAAUCCUAUUAAAAAAAGUUAUAUCUACAAUAAUAAGUCCUACCAUUUACCGCGUAGUAGCGGUGUAAGAAAAGUAUAUCCACUACCCCAUAUCGUCCCUUGGGUACUAGGCUACUGAGGGCAACAAGCCAGGAGAACGGCAGUAGUAUUUUUCUGAUAACAAUAAAAUAAUUUAAAAAACUGCGGUUGCCAACCAGCCUGCCAUGCGUGGCACAUAUGGCUAUAAAGCAGGUACAAAUAGACGACCAACAGUCUCCGGCAGUGCCGCUAUUUCUGGCUAAAGUAACGAUGGGGCAGAUGGUUUUAAGAAUCCCGCAACCGAAUGUUUCGGUGAUCUCGAAUCCGGCAAAGCUCGUGCAAACGGUCCAUGCCGCAUGCACGCACGUGCACACACACGCACACACGCACACGCAAACUCACACACACUCACACACACACACACACACACACACACACACACACACACACACAUCCACGCACACGCACGCGCGCGCGCGCACACACACACAUACACACACACACGCACUCGCUCUCUCACUCACUCUCACACACACACAAACGCGCCCGCGCGCACGCACACACGCACACCUUCAAUGUAAUUUUCGACCCCUUUUUACAAAUAACAAGGCAUUCUAUCUUGGCCCUUAGGGGUGACAAAGAAUCUGCAUUUUAAUUUUUAAUAGACGAUAGAUAUAUUUGGAUGAGUUCUGGAUUCUGGAUUGUGGAAUGUACAGAAACUUUGCUUUUAAACUGCGCUCUGCGGUUUAUUAUGCUGUUGGAAGGGUUCUUCAACUAACAGAUGUCGUUACUGCUAGGUUAAAUGGUUACUUUCAACCCAAAUUAAAUAAUGUCGUACGGUAUUUUAUCGAGGACGUCAAGACAGUUUUUAUUUUGCAAAGAAGCAGGACAUGUAAUUUAAAUUUUGCGCUUUCGUGAUCUCUCAUUCAAUUAAUAUAUAAUAAAUAUCUCAUAAUAUGUUAAGCUUUUCCGAAAGAAAAUUCAAAAUUACAGUAAAAAAGUGUAUUUGUUCCAAAACUUACUAUAAUUUAUAUCUCUAAUGUAUGUUUGUCAUCAAAAUAAAUAUUUUGAUGACAAAGAAACAUGGAGCGGUAACAUUGCAGAUAAUGAUCAAGAUAAUAAUACAUUUCACAUGGUAGAGCCAUGCUGUAGCUAUCUUACAGACCGGGGAAGGAUCACGCUCUCACAGAAUACCAACGUAAAAUGCAGCUUAAUACUGCUGUAGUUCGUGUGGUAAGUAUAGAGAACCGAAGAACCUUUUUACUGAAAAUGGGGCAUUCUAUCUUAGCCCUCAAGUGUGACGCAUCUGCAUUUCGAUUCUUAAUUAAAGACAUAACAUAAUGUAGUGUAGGUGAACUGUGUGCUCGUUUGUCACCCCUAUUCUAUUACCAAAAAGGUACUUUUAAAAUAAAUAUGUAUAUUUUUUUAAACCUCUAUUGUAAUGAUGUUUAAGUGUUUAAAUAUAAAAUUAAUUAAAAGAUAAAAAUUAAUGUAAAUGUAUAGACACUGUUCCUUAAAUAUUAAAGUACAUUUAUUCGCACAGAUAUAUAAAGAAAUUCUGUGUAAGAACUGUAACAACAUACAAAAACUUUUAAUUCACUC